CUUACUACCGGAGGAGAACCUCGAGCGUUGAUUACCGUAUUUUUAGUACGGUAAAUUACCUACUACUACGAGGGCCACAAACUCCUGUUGGUCGUGCUUCCCCCCCYCUCGCAGCAUGAGCACGUCCAUGGUCUACCUCCUCUUGCCCAUGCUGCAAGCAGUAAUGAUAGCACCUGCACUGUAAUACUCCCUCACCGGUCAAGGAUGCCGUCGCCACCAACAACCAAACCUGUCCUUCUCGAAAGGCUAUUGGGCACAUCGAACUAUAACGUCCUUCUUGCCGUGUCUGGCAACAUCAUAUCGUGGUUUGUAGCAACACUCGUGCCAUCAAGACUUCCGUAUCUCCUGCCAUUUAUUCCCGAAGAACAAGCAAGCGACGAGAAUGACGGUSCCAAAGCGAGCGACCUAGGGGGCGAGAAAACCGAUCGCAGAACGAGGUGCGUCGCGAUUGGACGCCCCGGUGGCAUGGAACAGUUGAGAAUUAUACGUCUCAAGGAAGGACACGCCACGCGKGGUUACAACGUGGAGAUCCCCGGAUGUUCCAGCGGUUCUCCGUUUGUCGAUCUUUCGAUCCUCGACAGGRAGGAAACAAAGGAGGGAGACCCAUCCACUGAAGAAGGAGACCAACCUUCCUUGGUAGUGCUUCGAAUCUGUGCCUUCUCUAUCAACUAUGCCGAUUGCUGCAUCCGGUGGGGCCUCUACGAAAGCGCCAACCGCUUUGUCGGAUAUCCGAUCGUACCGGGAUUCGAUGUUGCCGGGGUCGUUGAAAAAGUGAUUUCGUCGGAUGCAGCGACAGAAACAUCGUCGUCACCUCCGCAAUUGAAGGUAGGGGACAGGGUCUACGGUGCUACCUUUUUCGGUUCCUAUUCGACACGGUGCUUGAUCCCCGCAAACCAACUGCGCAAAAUUCCCGAGGGAUURUCCUUUGCCGAAGCAGCGGCGCUACCGGCUGUCUCAUUGACGGCGCUGUACGCACUCCACCUCGGMGGAAGGUUUCCCUUUGCGACAAACGUCCRGCACGAGACGAACCUGCCAACACCACGGCCGAGCAGCGAAAUAACGGUCAUCGCACCGAGCAAUCGAUCCAUAUUGAUCCAUUCUGCGGCGGGCGGGGUAGGAAGCAUGAUGGUGCAAAUGGCCAAGCUGUUGGGUUUGUCACCGGUGGUUGGUGUGGUGGGCCGGACCGCCAAGGUCGAAGAGGCCAAGGCUCUGGGCUGCGACGUUGUCAUCGACAAGCAGUCGCUGCGAGAGGCAGCAGCGGAGGGAUCGGCAAARGCACYGGGCACAAUGUGGGAAUCGAUUCGAGCCGCCGGUCCCCCUGAUGGCUACUCGAUYAUUGCAGAUCCAAAUGGCGUCGCAACCCUUCAAGACUCGUUCGACCACCUCUGUCCGACGGGGCGGUUGAUCGUCUUUGGAUUUCAUUCGAACCUGCCCAUGGGYCGGGACUCGCUGAACCCGAUGGAAUGGGUGCGAAUGGUCUUUAGAGCGUCGAAGAUGCCGGCCUUUGAUCCGAUGGAAUUGGUCACGUCGAACAAGUCAGUUCUCGGAUUCAACCUGUCGUUUUUCGCAAGCGAGACAGAYAUGCUCAAUCCCAUGUAUGACCAAAUCGAGCGAUGGCUGUCGUUGCCGAAGCAAGAACCACAGGGACAGAAAAGCACAAYCGAUACUGCUGCCACGGGGAACGAACCGAAACAAGGGUUGCGACUGCGGUGUCCACGCGUCACGGAAAUGCCGAUGGAACGAAUCGGCGAAGCCCACCAAUUGAUCCAAAGCGGGACGACGGUUGGAAAGCUGGUCAUGAUUGCUACCAACGAUGACGACGACGAUGUAUGAACAUAGCUACGGUAACUGUUCAUGGGUUUCAGUUUCAAAAACAAACCUACUUUUUUUACUACAGAAAUCUGCAACGCCAUAAUUAUUUAGAAGAAUGCCGUCUUGCAUCGGUCUGCGUUAGAAGAAUUCGCAUCUCUGUCAAAUGAACACAAUGAGGAUGUUAUUUUCUCUAAUUGACGAUACACAUUUAGAACCAAAACGAAAUAUCAUCGUGCCAUUAGUGCACUUCAGAAACCAAAGAAACCUUGUGUUCUCAAGCAUAACUUUCUUCAACAAUAUUAUUUUUUUCCAUUAGUUACAUACCCGCUCUGUACUGCACUGUAUUUCACUGGAAUGAAAUGGAACUGAUAACAGGAGUGAAACAUUUUUGUUUUACGAACAGAAGCAUGAUGGUUCCGAUUUCCACACGGAAUAAUAUGGGAUCAUCACA